CGUUGCAACAGGCGAUUUUAUUAUUGCGGUCAUUUCAUUGUGUAAUUGGCCUCAUCGUUAUUAUUUUGUGCAUAGUAAACAUACAAUUUUCACCGUUUCAGAUUCAGAACAGUUUGUCAAACGCAAGUUAAUAUGCAGAGUCAUGUAGAACACAUGCUCAGAAAGCCAGCAAAAUACCGACCUUCAAGACCAAAUGAUUACAUUUACGAUCCUACAUAUCUAUUUUCAAGUCCAAGAGAUUAUCAACGAUGUGUUCUUAAAGCUGCAAAGGAACAAGCUGAAUUUCAACCACAGCCAAAUUACCCAUCUAUGUUCAGUGAUCACCCAAGAUAUCCUCGUAUAAGAUGGUCUCUCAAACAUGUAGACCGAGUACCUGCUCAUAUCAACAGAAACUUUGCAGUCAAGCAGAUGGCACUUCUUGCAGACUCCCAGAAGCAGGUUGAUGUGACUGGCAUAUACAGACAUUUAUUUUUUGGAAAUGCUUUGGUGUCACAAGAUCACUCUGCUGUAAGUACAGAGCAACUUGAAGAUAAUUUCAAGGCAGUUGAUAACUUACAGCAAUUAAAGUUUGCAUCAGAGACCCGUGACAGAAGUGUGCAGACAGAAUAUCGUGAUACGGCUGCCCAGACCAAUCCAUGGGCACCUCCAUAUUUCACUAGUGGUGAAGGCUCAACUCCAGAAAUACUUACAUUAGCAAUGCUUUCCUGGGAAAAUGGACUCCCUGCUGGAAUGCAUGAAGUAGAAAUAAUUGAACGAUUACGCAUCAAAAGAGCAUGGGAAAAAGUACUACCUCCAAUGGACAAUCCUGAAAAUAUUCAAAAAAGAAAGGAUAUUCUAGAAGCUAUUGAACGAGAUGAAUGGUCCUUCAGGGAGAAGGAAAUAGAGACAAUUCACCAAAUGCGUCUCGACUUAGCAAAACACCAUCUCGAUGAAGUUCAGAAAAUUUUGUCCACUAAAAUGGCUGACAGAUUAGAGAGACUUAGAAGAUUAAAGGAAAAGGAGAAGGAAAUUAAGACAACCAAAAUAAAUAUUGAAACAAACAGAGCUCUUCGAAAACUGACGAACAAACAUAAGGGAGUGAGCAUGAGGUACCGUAAACCAAAUGUCAUAGAUGAGUAUACUGAUAAGACAUCUGAAUUUUAUGGGCCCCUUAUGAGACAUGGAGAAAACCCAAAGAGAAGACAUGAAGUAAUAACCAUACAGAGUAAUUUUCUAUCACAAAUGAAAGGACUUGAAAUCCUUGAAAAAAUGCCUAAAUGGAUUCCUACAUAUGAUUUUAUCAAAGCUACAGCUUUAAAACGGAAACGUCGUGAAUUAUGCAUUCAUGAAACAAGAUGGACUGAUGAAGUUCUUGCAAAGUUGUAUAAGGAUUUAAAAGCAAUACGAAUGGAUCUUGAGAAAAGAAGUGGAUCUGUUACUCUGCAUUUAGUCAAAAAAAUUCAUCAUCAGAAGCCAUUAAGUGUGAGUGGGAGCAUUGAAGGUAUUCGUGACUCAGAGGAGAACACAUAUCAGGCUGCAACAUUUCUUCAGGCAGUAAUCAAAGGGAGAGCUAUUCAGGCAAUGAUGAGUGAAGGUCGUGAAAAAUGUCAGGACCUGAUUGAGGAUUACAAACGUACAAAAUCAUUAGAUGACUCUGACAUAUCAGUUAUAACAGACAGACUUGAAACAAGAAUGUUGCAGCGAGAACUAGCUGUUGAAAGAGAUCAGGAUAGUAACUGGCUGGCAAUGUGUAACUACUUAGAUGGACUGUCCUUGAGUGGCAUACUAAACUUCUUAUUAAAAGAGAUGACAAGACUGCAGGAUGAGCGUCGAGCACAUGCAUUUGCUUUACUUGCAGAACGUGAAAGAACUUUAAGAGAAUGUGUAGAAGCCGAACGCCGACAAGCUGAAGAAAGAAGGCGUAGAGAACAUGAUGAAGUUUUUAAACAGCUGAUGAAAGUAAGCCAAGAUACAGUGGACACGUAUUUGGAGGACAUUAUAUUAGAAUCAAUGGAUUGGAUGCCAAAAUCACAAGCUCGAGAAUACAUCAAGGAAGUUGCCAAGAAAAUUGAUCGAGCAGCUGAAGAAGCACAUGUUAGAAAUGACAUUCUUGAGCAAGAGGAGCUUGUAAGCUCCCUCAUCCAUACUUUUGUAAUACCAGAAGCAGAAAAAAUACAAGCUCGGAAGCAAAUAAGACUACAGCAAGAGAAAUAUCUGAGAGUUGCUCAUGCUGCUAUUUAUGGUUCUGAUGAUACUGCAGAUGAAGAGGAAAUGGAGGGAGUAAAAUCAGUGUCAGUAACAAAACUGGAAGACAGCACAGAGAACACAAAAGAGGUCAAGACAGAAGAAGACGGGACAGUUCUACAGGACAACUGUGAACACUGUGAUACAACUGAUUAAGAUCAUGCACUGCAAACUAUGAACAAGUCAUUAUAUCUAAAUUCAACUGUCAAAAAGAAAGGUUGUUGCUGAACAAAGAAAGAAUUCACAUCUUCUUUCUCAGUACAAAAUUGUAUUCCAGAUAGGAAUUCAUCAUUAAUUAGAGUGAAACAUGGGUACUAUAUUGAUUUUCCUCAAUGGGUCUUGUUAGACAUUAACACUGUUUGUUGAAGGAAAAGUAUCAAAUGACCACUCACAGUGAACUCCACCAGUUUCUGCAUUAGGGAUAGUGUUUAACGAUUUUAAUUCUUUGCUUACAACAGUAUGAAAAAUAAAAUAAUUUUAAAAUUGUUUACAAAAAUCAAACUUCGCUAUCAUAAUAAGCAACAAAUACAA